CCCUCGCUCCCCAUCCACUGCGCAUCCUCCAUAAACAACCCUAGGCCACCUCUUUCCAUCCACCCACCUCGGCUGCUCGCAGCCAUGGACUCCCAGUCGGCCGUCGAUGCGCUGCUGCGCUCGCCGCGCAAGGCCGCCGCGCCCGCGUCGCGUGCGCUACAGCGCUACGACGUCGCGUCGUCCCCGCCGCCCUCGUCCUCGCCGCCUUCCUCUUCGCCUCGCUCAUCUCCCUUCCGCUCAUCUAUUCGCGCCUCUUCGCCGCCCUCAUCUCUCGCACCCACCUCGUCGCCCGCCAAGCACUCGCCUCUGAAGCCGACGCGUCCCGCGGCAGUCGCGCAACCAACACCAGCCGCCGCCGGCCAGGACCCGUUCGCCGGCCUGCGUGCCUCGCCCGUGCCUACGCUGUAUGGCUCCUACACGCACGCGCUGCUCAUCGGCCGCGCGCACUCCAACGUCGCCGCAUCUGAGGUGCCCUCUGCAUCCGGCCUCGGCGCCAAGCCGCUGCAGCGCGUGCCGCUGCCCGCCUCGGCGCGUCACGUCUCGCGCGUGCAUGCCGUCGUUGAGUACCUGCCAUUCCCACCUGCCUUUUCCGCCUCGCAGGGAGGAGACUCGCAGUCGCAGCAACAGCGCGGAUGCUUCGUUGUGCGCAUCCAGGGCCAGAACGGCCUCAUCGUCGCUGGCACGCGUCGGCGUCAAGGACAGGUGCUGCGCUUGCGUCCCGGCAUCACGACGCUCGACUUCUUCGGCUUCGAGGUCGCGUUUGCUGUGGACGCCCGUGCGGCGGGUGCGCCUCAGCCCAAGGCAGCUCCGGCUGCGCCACUGCGUCUGGCGCAGAAGCAGAACAGCCCCAUCAAGCUGCAGCCGCAUGCUGCGCCGCGCAAGCCGGCCGGCCUGAAGCAGAGUGCCACGCUGCCGACGCAGGCCGCACGUCCUCGCCCGCGCCCUCGGCCCACGGCCGCAACAGCAGCAACUCGCCCUCGUGCUCGCUCGCCGCCGCCUGCAGCACUGCGUUCCUCUUCGCCUCUCGCUGCUCCCGAGGUCGCCGCGCCGGCUUCGGCACGCGCUGCGGCAGAAGAAGCGGAGGUCGACACUGACCUGCCCGUCUCGCCCUCGCUCUCGCGCAAGCGUGCUCGUCCCGCCGCGCUCGCGCCCAGCUCCGGCUCGGAGCUCUCCGACGUCGAGAUGCUUGUGCCUCAGAAGCCCGUCGUCAAGCGGCGCGUGGGCGGCAAGGUGGCGCGCUUCGAGGGCACGCCUACGCCCGUCGCCACGAAGGAGCCGGAAGCGGAGCAGGACGACUCGGAUCUGUCUGAUGACCCGAACGCUUCUCCCUCGCCGGCGAUCGCCCGCGUGCGCCCUGCGCCAGCCGUUGCCGCAAGCAUGCCUCCGCCGGCAGUGCCGGUCGCCGUGUCCGCCGCUGCCGCGCUUGCCGCGCGUGCUCGCGCCUGUGUCUCGCGUCUCGCCAGCUCGUACGACGUUGAAGCGCUGCUGGCUGGCGCCAUUGUCUUCCACCGCACGGCGACGAUCUCGUCGUCUGAGGCGAUCCGUUCUGUCCUGACCUCGACGCCCGGCCUGCUCACUGGUCUCGUCGGCUCGCACGCGGCCAUUGCUGGCGCCAAGGCGGGCGAGAAGCUCGAGGGCUGGGCUGAGGGAGAAGCGUGGGAGCGCUGUGUGCGCAAGGCGUGGAGAGAGGAGCUGGAGGCGACGCUGUUCGACAAGGAGUGCUUCGGCUGCAUCACGCGUGCGGGCAAGGAUGCCGGAGGCAUGCCGCUCGAGCCCUGGUUCUACUACGAGCAGUCCAAGGACACAGACCGCGAGCGCGCCGCCAACCUCGGCGCCUUUGUCAAGCCGAUGCGUGCGGCGCUCAAGACGCACAAGCCCAUCUUCUGGAAGAAGAGCGCGUACGGCCACGCCGCCUCCGAGACCGCCAUGCCGUACCACGGCACCGAGUCUCAGCUCGGCUCUGCCGCUCCUCUGUCUGCCGUCGCGCCCUCUGCGCUCUCUUCCAUCUCGGCCAACACGCCCGCGACGCAGAAGCGCGCCGGCGGCGGCCGAAAGAGCCUGCCGAGCCACUGGGAGGAGACGCAGAUGGAGGAGCGCGAGAAGACGUGGGAUCGCAGAGGCGACGAGGACUGGAAGGGCGAGUAGACGUGCCGAGCGCACCCGGCGCCUCACGAGUUCGCCGCUUGGUAGAAAUUGCAUCACUUAAGCUGAG